AUGUCAUAGAACAAGUUCCCAAGGAGAAAGUAAGUACGAUUGAGUCAACCAGUUCUCCAGCUGGCUUUCUUUUGCUUAGGUUGACUCAGAUUUUCAACCGCUUUCACUUUUAGAUAAAUAUUGUCCACCACAUACUUGUUCACAACUUGAUGUUGAAAUUGAGAAAUUUGUAUUGACUUGUGUAUAAUGGAAGAAGCAUGUCAGUGAAAAGUUGUCUGCAAGGGGUCAAUUUUGACCGGAACGUGCUAAUUUAUCAAGCAGGAGAGAACAUUACAGGGAAUCUCGUGUUCAACGGGGGACCCAAGGGGAACAAGUUGUAUGACGUGAAGCUCACCUUAAUUCGUCGCACGGAUUACGUCUUUUACACGGAACAAGUCAAAAAAGGAAAAGCGACGAGUUUAAAUCAUCACUUGGAUAAGACAAACACCUCCCCGUGUGGAUCAUGGAGUCUGCAAAAGAGUCCAGCCGAGGGAACCCCCCUCGCAGCCGAGAUUCCCACCAAGAUCCCCUUCUCUCUCCCUCUUUCCCUCGACUUAUGGUCAUCAUUCGUCGUGCUGAACGCAUUUUCCUGGUACGGUCUCAUGCUCACGGCCCGCUCCCAGUCGCAGUACGGGCGCAAGGAGAUGUUCAUCCUUAAACGGGACAUCGUCAUAAUUGGCAACGUGCCCAAAGAGAAAGCCCAGUUUACCGAACAGAUCAGGAAAACGACCACUUUUACGACCCCAUCGAAGGACGAGAUCAAAAUGCGGGUUUCCCUCAAAAGCGGGUGUGCCGUCCCGGGAGACAAGUUUCCAUUUCGGGUCGAAGUAUGGAACGGAAAGUCGUUGGCGUUAGUGGUGAAAGCCACGUUGCAGCAGAAUGUCGGUUACAAAUUUAUGUCUCGUCGGAGACGGUACAUGCGGCCGAGUGAGGUGAAUAUUGUGUGGCAGGGAGAAAGUGGGUCUUUUUCGGAGGGAAAGUCGGAGUGGAGGGGGACGGUUGAGAUACCUUAUGUAGCACCGACGGGGCUGGGGAGGGAGGGGUGUCCAAAUUUCACGGUGAAUUAUAUGCUGCAGUUCGUGAUCCCACGGUUUGCCAAGAUCGAGACGGAGCUCCACAUCGGGACGGCGACGCGAGAUGAGGCCGCAUCUGCAGAAUUGGGCAGCGACGACAUUUCUUUGGCGUACGGAUUGGAAGUGACGAGAUCGCUCAGCUCGUCUCAAUACUCGUUGGACUGGGACGCCCUGUCCUUGGCCAGCGAGGACAGUGGGUGCUGGACAAUGAUGGAGGAUGAAGAAGGGGACUAGUUAACCUACAAUCUGUAUUUUCUAUCAGUGGCCGCGGAAGCUGUGGAGACGUGUGGAAACAUUAACAUUGCAUUUAGGACAGGCUUCAUAAAUAUAAGUAACAUGAGCCAGAUCAUGUGGACAUGGAAUAACUUUGGGGCAUUGUCUCUGGGUCCCCACGCUUCCGCAGGCCACUGCAUUGCUAUGUACCUCUUAAAAUUCCGACCUUAAUAUGAAUUGUAACCGUUACACUUAUCGUUAAUUAUAUAAGUCAUGAAAAUAAUUCUUGCAAUAUGAACAAAUUUUCAUGCAUACUAAAUCAAAUAUUAUAAAUGUCAAUUGCAUAUGAAAAAUUGUUCCUGUUAAGUAUAGCCAUCUAGUAUUUCAAAAACGUGUUUCAUGAAAUCUUUAAGCUUUCUUAUUCCUCUUACUAACAAAAACUAUAUGUAAUUGAAAAAUUAUUCAACGAACUUAUGUAUCAAUGUUCACACCAACUCUAAUAAUAAAUAAGGCACGCUUAUUCGAAUUAUACAAGCAAUAUGGAAAAGCACGACGGAUCUACAUUUGUAAGUGACACGGAAAUAACCAAGUGUUCUAUUUCUGCUCACAUUGAUAAAAACUACAUACUUGUGAUUGCACCCAUUAAUCUCAUUAAAUCUGGACAGAUUAAUACAUCUGUACAUUAUUACGCAUAGCUUACAUACGUCUCGCCAUAUAUAAAUAUGAAUUACCUAUGCACAUGAAAAACAUAAAUAAAUAUAAAUAUACAUAUAAAUGCACACUUGUUUAAAUAAAUGUCUUUGAAUGCAUGCAAAUGUAAUAUAUAUGAGUACGAGUGUUUAUAUGUAUACCAUUCCAACGAAAAUUUCAGCACUUUGUGCUACCAAUAUUACCUGCAUGAAAUUAUUUAUAAAACAUUCCAAUGUACUAAAAUGAAUCGAUGAAAGGAGGAAAAUUCCAAAUAAAUGAAACCCUUUGUCUGCCAAAAGCA